AAAUUACUAACAACACCCUCUCAUCUUUCUUUCUCUUACAUAAAACACUAAUCAAGAAGAAUCGCAGAAGCUGAAAAAGAAAACGAGCGAAAAUGGAAGGGAUUGAAGGAGAACGAAGCAGCUACAAACUCCAACCCUCACGAAUCAAUAACGAAGAUAUACUCUUCUGCAUCGACAUUGAUCCACAAUCCAUGGCGGAGUUGAAAGGUGCUACCAGUGGUAGACCCAAUGGAAGACCCUUCACUCGUUUAGAUGCAAUUAAACAAGCCAUUGUUCUUUUCGUCAAUGCUAAACUCACCAUCAAUCCUCAACAUCGUUUUGCUUUCGCUACUCUCUCUGAUUCUGUUUCUUGGCUGAGGAAAGAGUUUAGCAGUGAAGUUGAGUCAACAGUUGCAGCAAUGCGAAGGCUUUCGGCUACUACAUCUAGCAGUCAACCAGACCUUACUACUUUGUUCCGGCUUGCUGCUCAUGAAGCUAAAAAAUCCCGUAUGCAGGGUCGCAUUUUAAGAGUGAUUUUAUUCUACUGCAGAUCAACGGUGCGCCCACGACAUCAGUGGCCUGUGAACCAGAAGCUCUUCACUUUUGAUGUCAUGUAUCUUCAUGACAAGCCUGGACCUGACAAUUGCCCCCAAGAGAUUUAUGAUUCACUGGUGGAAGCUCUAGAACAUGUUACUGAAUAUGAGGGUUAUAUCUUGGAGAGUGGACAAGGGUUAGCAAGGGUUCUUUUCCGUCAUAUGUUAAUUCUAUUGUCUCAUCCUCAGCAGCGCUGCGCACAAGAUUAUAUGGACAUACCUAAAUCACUUGUAAAGAAGGUUCCUCAGGCGGAGCCAAUGCUUACUGAAGAUAAUGCUCCAUCCAGCCAGUGAAAAUGGCAGUGUGUAAUUUGUUCUCUUAUCUCAUUUAGGUUACUGAUUUAAUGUGUUUGGCUUCUUUAAUUGCAAAACUAUCUUGGUAAUAUAAUAUUUGAGACGUAUAUGCUCUCGUAUUUUCCUGUAAAUGAUAUGUAUCUUGUUUUACUUUAUAAAUGUUCAAUUAAUGUCUUAAA